AUGGGUGGAAUCAACAAGCCCGGAAAGCCAAAGUCGAAGCGGACGCCGACCCGCCUGAGGCACAAGAUCGAGAAGGCGUCGGCCGCGAAACAGCGCAAGAUCAAAAAGGCGGCCAAGAAGAGCCCCGAAUGGAAGAGCAAGCUUAAGAAGGACCCCGGCAUUCCGAACCUAUUCCCCUACAAGGAGAAGUUGCUGCAACAGAUCGAGGAGGACCGCAUACGGAGGAAAGAGGAGCAGCUCAAGCGCCGCACCAUCGCAAGAGGAACAACCGCUCAGGGGUCAGCCGCUGACGGCGCCGACGACACCGCUGAGCCCGAUGUCAUGGACGACCUAGACGUCUCUGGCGACGAUGACGACAACGACGUAAUGGACGGCGACGACGGGAGCGACGUCGACGAGUCAAACCCCCUCGCCGCACUCGUCGCCAGCGCUAGGAAAGCCGCCGAGCAGUACGAGCGCGAGUUGCAGAGCGGCGACGAGAUGGAGGACGACGACUCGGAUGACUCGGACGACGAGACCAUGUACGGCGCCUCCGAGGUGCAGGGCGGCGCCUCGUCCCGCAAGGCCUACGACAAGGUCUUCAAGCAGGUGGUGGAGCAAGCUGAUGUGAUCCUCUACGUUCUCGAUGCUCGGGACCCCGAAGGCACACGCUCGCGCGACGUCGAGCGUUCCGUCAUGGCGGCUACCGGCGGAGGCAAGCGGCUCAUCCUCGUGCUCAACAAGGUUGACUUGAUCCCCCCCCCGGUGCUGCGGGACUGGCUCAACCACCUCCGCCGCUACUUCCCUACCCUGCCGUUGCGGGCGUCCAAUCCUGCUCCCAACGCCCACACCUUCAACCACCGCGACAUCACAGUCCAGAGCACGAGCGCAACUCUGUUCCGCUCGCUCAAAUCGUUUGCCGCGUCCAGGAAUCUCAAGCGCGCCAUCUCGGUCGGCGUCAUCGGCUACCCCAACGUCGGCAAGUCGAGCGUUAUCAACGCUCUCAUGUCGCGCCUCAGCGGCAGCCGCAGCCAGCACAACGCCUGCCCCGCCGGGGCUGAGGCUGGUGUCACGACCUCGAUUCGCGCCGUCAAGAUCGACAGCAAGCUGACGUUGCUCGACUCCCCAGGCAUUGUCUUCCCGUCGUCGGCCUCAGCCAUGCCGGGGUUCGUGCCAAAGAACGCCACAGAGGCGCACGCCCACCUCGUGCUCCUGAACGCCGUGCCGCCUAAGCAGAUUGACGACCCCAUCCCAGCCGUUAGCUUGCUGCUGAAGCGGCUGUCGGCGAACUCCGUCUUGAUGGAGAAGAUGAUGAAGGUCUACGACCUCCCGGCGCUGAAGCUGAACUCUGAGAGCGGCGACUCCACCAUGGACUUCUUGGUCCAGGUAGCGCGCAAGCGCGGUCGCCUCGGCCGCGGCGGUGUGCCCAACACCUUUGCUGCCGCCAUGACUGUCGUGACCGACUGGAGAGACGGGCGCAUCCAGGGCUGGAAUACUGUCCCUGACGCGACAUCUGCAAACAACUUGGCUGAAGAUGAUGCGAUCCCCGACCAAAAGGAGAUUGUUACGGAGUGGGCCAAGGAGUUCAAGCUCGAUGGUCUCUGGGGCGAUGCCGGUGGCGAUGACGAAACAAAGGAUGUCGAGAUGGCUUGA